AUGAUUUAUAACACGUCUGUCUUAAAAACAGGGGAAGGGUGUGAUACGCGCAACGGAAAACCCACCUCAGGGAGAAAAAGGAGGAGACGGAGAGAAAGUAAAAAGGAGAGAAAGAAAGACGAGGGGAGAGGAUCUAGAAAUACACAACAUGCUGUUGACUCUGGGGAGAGAACAGAGAAAGAGAGACAGAGGAAGAGAAGGAAAGACAGGGAGGAGAAAGCUGAACAUGUGCAGAGCCUGGACAAGUCCAAAGUAAACAGUAGGGACUUUGCUGCCAAGAACAAGAAGAAUCUAAAGAAUGAAAAAACAAGGAGCAAAGGGAGAUCAAAGAGAGAAUUAGAGGGAGAAGCCAAGCAGCCACAGAGGAAGGGAUGUGCCAAAGCAGAAGAGAAUGAACAGGACACCUGUGAAAGAGCAGGGAAGAAGAAAGGAAAGAAGAAGCACCGCAAAAAAGUUGAAACCAGCUCAGAGCAAGAAUCAAGUGAAGAUGGAGACAAGGAAGGAGAGGGGGAAGAUGAGGAGGUGGAGGAGGAGGAGGAGGAGGAGGUGGAGAAGGAGGUGAGGCCAGAGACCCUAACCCCAGAGGAGCUGGAGAAGCUGAAGGAAGCGGUGGACGACAAGAAGAAGCUGAUCCAAGCGUUAAGGGGGAAGCCCUGGCCUAUGAAGAAGAAACACUCCACACUGAGAGAGUCCCAGGAGUUCUUAGAGAAAUAUGAGGGAGCUCUGGGGAAAGGAAAAGGCCGGAAGCUCUAUGCAUACAAAGUCAUGAUGAACAAGAAAUGGAUGAAGUUUAAGAGAGACUUCGAGAACUUCACAACUGCUUGUAUUCCAUGGGAGAUGAAAAUCAAGGAGAUCGAAAGCCACUUUGGCUCAUCUGUGGCCUCCUAUUUCAUAUUCCUGAGGUGGAUGUAUGGCAUCAACAUGAUCCUGUUCGGUCUGACCUUUGGUCUAGUAAUGGUACCUGAGGCAUUAAUGGGCAGGCCGUACGGUAGCAUGCCUAGAAAGACUGUGCCCAGGGCUGAGGAGACCAAUGCCAUGGACUUUGCGGUCCUCUGGGACUUUGGGGGUUAUGCCCAAUACUCAGUGCUCUUCUAUGGCUACUACAAUAGUCAGCGCGCUAUUGGCUGGCUCAAGUUCCGCAUGCCUCUCUCUUACUUCCUGGUCGGUGUGGGUACGGUGGCCUACAGUUACAUGGUGGUCAUCAGAAAAAUGGCACGCAAUGCCAAUGAAACUGGGGGAGGGGAUGAAAACAGUUUCAACUUCAGCUGGAAGACAUUCACCAGCUGGGACUAUCUGAUAGGAAAUCCUGAGACGGCCGACAACAAGUUUGCCUCCAUCACCACCAGCUUCAAGGAGGCCAUCUUGGAGGAGCAAGAGAGUAGGAAGGACGACAACAUCCACCUGACUCGUUUCCUGCGGGUGCUGGCCAACUUCCUGGUCCUGUGCUGCCUGGCCGGCAGUGGCUACCUCAUCUACUUCGUAGUGCGGCGCUCGCAGAAAUUUGCCCUUGAAGGAUUUGAAAACCACACCUGGUGGGAGAGGAAUGAGGUGAACAUGGUCAUGUCCCUGCUGGGGAUGUUCUGUCCCAUGCUGUUUGAUGUCAUCAGCGCGCUGGAGAACUACCAUCCCCGCGUCGCCCUGCAGUGGCAGCUGGGCCGUAUCUUUGCUUUAUUCCUGGGCAAUCUGUACACCUUCAUCAUCGCACUCAUGGACGAGAUCAACCUCAAAAGAAAAGAGGAGGAUGUGGUUCAGUUCAACAUGACCAUGUGGGAGGCUAGUCUUCAUAACAACACCGCGUCGGACAACAGCACCGCCCCCCCCCUGUUCACCCACCCUGCCGAUGUCCCCAGAGGCCCCUGCUGGGAGACCAUGGUGGGGCAGGAGUUUGUGAGACUCAUCAUAUCCGAUACGAUGACCACGUACAUCACACUGCUGAUCGGUGACUUCCUGAGAGCCGUUCUUGUUCGUUUCCUCAACUACUGCUGGUGCUGGGACCUGGAGGCGGGAUUUCCAUCUUACUCCGAGUUUGACGUCAGCGGAAACGUUCUGGGAUUGAUCUUCAAUCAAGGAAUGAUUUGGAUGGGGGCGUUCUACGCGCCAUGCCUCCCGGCCCUCAACGUGCUGCGGCUCCAUGUGUCCAUGUACCUCCAGUGCUGGGCCGUCAUGUGCUGCAACGUACCCCAGGAACGGGUCUUCAAGGCCUCAGGCUCCAACAACUUCUACAUGGCCAUGCUGCUGGUCAUCCUCUUCCUGUCCACGCUCCCCGCCAUCUACACCAUCGUCACCAUACCGCCGUCCUUCGACUGCGGCCCCUUCAGUGGGAAGGCUCGCAUGUUUGACGUGAUCCAGGAGACUCUCGAGUCGGACUUUCCAGCCUGGAUCAGUAAAGUGUUCAGCUACGCCGCCAACCCUGGCCUUGUGCUCCCCUUCAUGCUCCUCAUGGUAUUGGCCAUCUAUUAUUUACAAUCCACAUCCAAAAGCUACAAAGAAGCUAACGUGGAGCUAAAGAAGAAGCUUCAAAUGCAAAAUGAGGAGAAUAAAAAGAAGAACAAGCGCGCGGCCCUGAAGGCUGCCAUGGAGCUCGAGGAGGCCAGGAAGGCCCCUUCUCCCCGCGUUGCAGAGCAAAGCUACAACCCUUCACACCAACACCGACGACAUGACAUGGCAGAUAGCCGAGCUGGGAGCUUCAGCUCGGAUCAGGGCAGAAACGGCGAUGACCAGGCUCCUUUCACGGACUGCAGGCGAAGUCAACCCGUGAAAGCCUCUGCCUCCUCCCGUGGUCGCCAUGCCAACCAAGGAGCGCCCGCCGGGUACCCGGCCGGCCACCCAAGGCAAAGUGAACCAGCCAGGCUGCAGAGAGUCGCGAGCACGCAGAGACGGUGAUGAGGAUGUGCGUGUUUCACGUGGUGAGCGCAAACGAAGAACUUUGCUCAGAAAGUAAAAUGCGGCGUCAUGCUGGUAACUUGGGAUGGCUGACAUCAGGACAGAACAUUUGAGAGGUUAUUUCACGUUUCAAAUGUUUAUUAUAUGCUUUACAUAAAACAUAGAAAGCAAAACAUUGGACCCCUCCAUUGGGUCACAAAUUUCGAUUACUGUAUAUCCUUAAUUUAUUAUAA